AGAGAGUUUACAUGUGUGUGCGCGCGCCCGUGUGUGCGCGUGAGUCACAGAAAUGCGCGUGACGUCACCGCUCUACCUGAGUUUCGGCAGAAGGUGAAACUCUCGAGCAGAGAUUCAAACACACAUGAAACACGCUUCACACAGUUUCACACGGACACACGGCGAGUGUGUGAGCGCAUUAACCGAUUUAUGACCGAUACACACGGACUUUAACCACGUUUAUUUAUAAACCAGCUCGUUUUGGCGGUAAAGGCCUCAGGAUUGGUGUUUUUUCCUGCUUUGACGCUUCCUGAAACCCUCAGAAGCUCAUCAUGUCGUCUCAUCCGCGUCGUGUCCGGCUCAAGCCCUGGCUGGUGUCUCAGGUGGACAACGGGACGUUUCCCGGUCUGGUCUGGCUGGACCGCGAGGCCAAACGCUUCCAGAUCCCAUGGAAACACGCCACGCGUCACACGCCCCAGCAGGAAGAGGAAAACACCAUCUUUAAGGCCUGGGCCGUGGAGACCGGGAAGUAUCAGGAAGGAGUGGACGAGCCGGAUCCGGCCAAAUGGAAAGCUCAGCUGAGAUGUGCUCUGAACAAGAGCCGCGAGUUCAACCUCAUCUAUGACGGGACCAAAGAGGUUCCCAUGAACCCGCUGAAGAUCUACGACGUGUGUGAUAUUCCUCAAACGCUCAGUAACCCAGGUUCAGUGACCACGUAUGAGACUGACGGCGAUGAAGACGAUGUUCCCGACACUCCUGAACCUCCUCCGCCAUAUCCACCUCACGGGAUGAGCUCCUCGCCGCUGGCUCCGGUUUGGACUCCUCCGGGCUCCGUGUCUCCGAUGCAGCCGGCCAGCUGCCCUCCUCCCCCUCCCCCUGCGGAGGUGUGGCCUAAGAAAGAGCCGCUGGACGUGGAGAUGCAGCCGCCGCCCAUGGAGCUCCAGACGCCCACAGCCUUCGAUGGCAUGUUCGCCACCCCGGAGACCUGGAUCAGCUCUCUGCCCAUGACAGAUCUGGAGGUUCAGUUUUAUUACCGCGGUAAGGAGGUGUGUCCGCCGGUAAUCGUGAGCAACCCGCAGGGCUGCCGGCUGUUCUACGGCGAUCUGGGGCCGAUUGUCAAUCAGGAGGAGCUGUUCGGGCCAAUCAGUCUGGAGCAGGUGCGCUUCCCCUCCACCGAACACAUCACCAACGACAAGCAGCGUGUCUUCACCAGCCGCCUGCUGGACGUGAUGGACCGCGGCCUCAUUCUGGAGGUCAGCGGACACGACAUUUACGCCGUGCGGCUGUGCCAGUGUAAAGUGUACUGGUCCGGCCCCUGCGCGCCCAACCCCAACACGCCCAACCUCAUCGAGCGCCAGCACAAGGUCAAGCUCUUCUGCCUGGAGUCCUUCCUCAGCGGGGUCAUCACCCACCAGAGGGGUCAGUCCUCUUCUGAGCCCCCUCUCUAUGACAUUCACCUGUGUUUCGGGGAGGAGUGGCCCGACGGCAGACCCAGAGAGAGGAAACUUAUCAUGGUGCAGGUGGUCCCGGUGGUGGCGCGCAUGAUCAGCGAGAUGUUUUCGGGCGACUGCACGCGCUCGUUCGACAGCGGAAGCGUGCGCCUGCAGAUCUCCAUCCCAGACAUCAAAGACAACAUCGUCACACACCUCAAGCAGCUCUACCGGCUGCUGCAGACACAUCAGGGGCAGGAGAACUGGCCCCUGCCGCCUGGGGCCGCCCUCCACCUCCCGCAGGCCCUGCAGACGCAGUGACCCGCUCCCACCCGUCCGUGUUUUUAAUGAGAAGUACUUAAGACGCUUUAGAGACUCUGAAACUGUAGUGUUUCAGUGCUCUUCUUUUAGUGUGUAAAUGUCGCUGGGUCAAAGUCUAGCGUGUUAAUGAUCAGCCACACUGAACGUCCGCCCAGAUAUUUAGACAGAUGUACGUAGAUGUUCUUUUAUCAGAGGGAACUAACAUUUGCUUAUCGCUUCAGUUUCACAUAUAUAAUGAGCUUUUAACCAUGUUAUUGUGUUUUUAUUGCUGACGUAUGUUACGCUUAUAAUCAAAAUGUCAGGUUUAUGUGGUUUUUCGCACUUGUGGGGUUGAAUAUCAUCUAGUUUUUUUUAACCAUAUUAUGUAUUUGACAUCCCAUCAUGUAGAUUUGUGUAAUAAUGUUACUUGGAUUUAUCAAAUAAAAUGAAAAAUGCACAAAAAGA